AUGGUUGUUGUGAAAGAAGUUCGGACUCGUUUGAGAAUCGAGAACAAGAUCAACAGGCAAGUCACUUUUGCGAAACGAAGGAAUGGACUGUUAAAGAAAGCUUAUGAGCUUUCUGUGCUUUGUGAUGCUGAGGUUGCUUUGAUCAUCUUCUCCAAUAGAGGAAAGCUGUACGAGUUUUGCAGUAGCUCUAGCAGCAUGCUAAAAACACUGGAGAGGUAUCAGAAAUGCAACUAUGGAGCACCUGAGCCGAAUAUCUCCACAAGGGAGGCACUGGAGUUGAGCAGUCAGCAGGAGUAUAUAAAGUUGAAAGCACGCUACGAAGCCCUACAGCGCACACAAAGAAACCUACUUGGGGAGGAUCUUGGUCCUUUGAACAGCAAGGAGCUUGAAUCACUUGAACGACAGCUUGAUAUGUCACUUAAGCAGAUCAGAUCAACACGGACCCAAGCAAUGCUGGAUACCCUCACGGAUCUUCAGCGCAAGGAGCAUGCCCUCAAUGAAGCUAACAGAAGUUUGAAACAACGGUUGAUAGAAGGAAGCCAAAUAAGUCUGCAAUGGAACCCAAAUGCUCAAGAUCAUCAUGUUGGGUAUGGGAGGCAACAACCUCAGCCUGAUGGCUUUUUUCAUCCCCUCGACUGUGGUGAACCCACACUACAAAUCGGGUACCCGAACGAUCCAAUAGCAGUUGCAACAGCGGGGCCAAGCGUGAGUAACAACUACAUAUCUGGCUGGUUGCCCUGA